UGCCGUGGAAAUCCCGGAAGCGCAGUGUUUACCGCGGGAUACUUACAGCUCAUUUUAUUUUUAAAAAUAUAAAUGUACAUUCUAUGGAUGACAUGGACGCAAUGCAGCUGUUCCGGGCACAAUGCAAUCCGCAGAGUGAAGCCGAGGCCAAAUGGUUAGAAGGACUAUUUCACUUCGUCAGAGAGUAUGUGUGGCCUCUAAAUUCUGGCCCCGUACCCUGUUCUCAGACAGCUGAUGAGGGUGUGUCUCACCUGAGUGCAACUGUGUUGAAGAGGAUACGAGGGAAGAUGUCCAGCACACACACGCUGCCCAUCAGCUACAGGCUGGUGUGCGUCUCUGAGCUUCUCUCUCACCAGCGGCUGGCGUGCGUCAGUAACCUGUCUUGGAGCACCAGUCAGGAGCGUGCGUUAGCCGAGGAAGCGGCGGUGGCGCUCCCGGGUCGGCGGGCUCUUCCCCGGGCGCACCUCCUGCUGAUCGGGCGCCUGACGCACGGCCGUGACGGAGAGUGGACAUUGACAGACGGCGGCGGCAACGUUGGGUGCAUGGUUGUCUCUCCCUCACCUUUGUGGAUGGGUCGUCUGGUCUUCCUCCCCCACUGGCACUACAUCCCCCACGAUGCCCCCUUGCAAGCGCAGCCGGAAGCCCGAGGCUACGUGGAGCUGAUUGGCUCUCCUGUGCUGCUGUGUCCCGGUCCUGCGCAGGGAUUGGUCGCCGGUGCUGUCGCUGUCAAAGAAGCUGCGGCCUUAAUGCACGACAGGUUGCAAGGAUUGCGUCUGUCCAUCUUCGGUAAAGUGGCUUCCGUCUGCCCCCUGCUGGUCAUCUCAGGAACGUCUUUCUUCUUCUUCAUGCUGUCAGACGAAACACACACACUACCUGUCCUGGUCAAGAAUAGCAGCAGGCUGUGGUGGGCACAGUGCGUGUCGGUCGGCGAGUGUGUAUGCGUGACAGCGUUGCGUGUCUGUGUCUUACGACCGUGGGGAGGGAAGAACAUCCUGUGUGCGACCGAGCACUCCGAAAUGCACAAGACGCACGAGCAGCGGUGCGCCCCAGGCGAGGAUGCGCCGUCAACCAUGCCCCUCUUGCCGCCGUCUCCCUCAUCACAAAUGUCGCAGCCCGAGGAAUGCGAGGUCCAAUCUAAUGACAGGACCAAACAGUCCAAAAUCAUCAGUUACCAGGGGACCGUCACAGAGGUGGUGAGCACGGGGGCGGGGCUUUACGUGAUGGACAGUAAACUGGGACUGUGCCUGGCCUAUCAGCCCAAGCUGAAGAGGAAGCUGCGAGCCGGCGACGUGCUGGCGAUCCAUCACGUUCACUUCCUGUACCGGCCCUGUCCCGACUUCCCUCCCAGUAUACUUUGCCCUUGCCUGCGCUCCACUGUGACGGUGACAAAGUUUAGCGCCGUUCUAGGCUCGGUCCCUGACAGAAAGUGUCCAGACGAUGGCGUGUUGCGGCGGUUGCUGGUGGAGAGGAACCUGGAUGUGUCCCGGUACAUGUGGACGUGCCACCUGUGCUCCCAGUUUCGACGGAGCCUGCUCCCGAAUGCGUCACAACAGUGCACGUGCGUGUUGUCAUGGAAAGUGAUGGAGGUCGCGUUUGGACAAGGGCAACGACACAGACGAGACAUCUACGCCGAGAUGUUGGACGAGCCUCACACGUGUCCGCUGACACAGUAUGACGGUGACUCGGUGCAGCAUCAGUAUGUCAGCCUGUCAGAGCUCCAAGUGUCCCUCCAGGAGGACUGUUGGGCUUCCUUGUGUCUCAGCUCUCUGCUGCCACCUGCUGGAGUCGGUCUGACCCGACCUCAGAUGGACGCCGCACUGGCCUGGUCGUGUAGAACUUUGACAUCGGACUCAAGGCGCAAACUGCAGCCCGAAGAGACGCUCAGACAGCGCCCCCUGCUGCUCGUGGGUGUACUGGAGCUGCCAUCAGGUGCGUCCCAACAUACGCUGCAGCUGAGAGACCGCACGGGGGCCAUCGCCUGUGUCAUCACGCAAACUACAGAGAAAGCGGCGGGAGGCCACGGCACGUCAUUCAAUACGGCGUGGAUAGGUUGUCUCAUAUGUGUCCAGCAGUUCACCAUGGUAACAGAGCGAUUCAUUCAAUCAAAUUUCCCCUCCUACCAACACCUGGAUCAACACAAGUACAUCACAUACAAACAGUGCAGCAUUUACCUCCAGUUCUCUGAGGACAGCAUCCACAUUUUGAGUCCAUCUGCUGCCAUGGAAAUGCAUCUGCGUAAUAAAGGGGAGGAUUCAGGGGAAGAGGAAGAAGAGAAGGAAGAUGUGGCGAGGAAGCAAAGUCAAAAGGACAAGGAUGAGGACACAAAGUCCUCGCGCCCUUCGUCUUCAUCAUGCGUCUCGGUGGUCCUCCAGGUGGAGCAGAAGAAUGGCGUGAUAUGGCGGGAGAAUAAGGAGGCGUCUUUCUCCAUCACAGCGACUGUGAUUGGGCCCGUGGCGGCCUGGGGGCGGGACCCCAAAAACCGGCCAAUGAAAGCCUUUGAGACAGGAAAUGAGAAAAAGGUGACGUUAGCAAAGCCUUUGGGCUUUACCCAAUCAACAAUGUGUGCGUGUGUGCAGGUGACCGUGUUGUGUUCAGGCGCGUCUGCUCGCUGGUUUCCUCUCCUGCAGCCGGGACGCUUCUACAGACUGGUCGCGACCGGCACCCACGACGUCGCCGUUCUGGCGGGCAAUGCCACACUGCUGGUCCAAUCUGGGUGGAAGUUUCACACGUUGACACGGCCCCUCCUUGUACCCGCCUGCCAAAGGAGCGUCUGUCCUGCGACAUCUACCGUGUCGCAAGUGUUGGAUGGCUGUGCAGAUGUAGUGUCUUUUCAGGGUUUUGUCUCAGACAGGAUCAAUCUGAAUGACAGUACAAGGGAUACUGGACAAUCUAAUGUUGGUGCACGUCUCACAGUGUGUGACCAAAGUGGAAGGAGCAUCCAUGUCUUCCUGAACUUGAACCAUAACGCGUACCCGCCUGGGAUGUUGCCAGGCAACACGCUGUUGCUGUCUGCGUUCCGCAGGAGGGUAUCCAGGUCAGGGCAUGUAUAUUGCAGUAACAUACCAGUCAGCUGGGUGGCAGUGCUGCGGGUUCGAGACGAGAGCAGGUGGGAGGACCGACCACCGCCUCCCAUCAUGCACCUGGCCCUGUGGACGCAGCAGAGCCGCACUGUGGGCCGGGUCAAAGGCCAUGUGGUGUGUUUCCUCUUUAUGCAGCUGCAGUGGAACUGCUUCGAGUGUGGCAGUGUGUACAAGCAGUCUGGUUGCAGUGGUCAGUGUCCCUCACCAUCAGCUGUCUUUGACUGCACCGCCAAGUUGGUCAUGGAGGACGGCACAGGCGAAGCUCACGUGCACUUCACAGGGGCGCUUGUUCGCCAGGUGCUCGGGCUCAACCAUCCCCAGUGGGAGGGACUUCAAAGAGCGGUGAAAGCCAGAGGACACAUCCAAGUGUACCCCCGUGGGAGGAGCCAGGCGUGCGAUGACGGGCUGCUUGACUUCCUGUUGUUGUGUGCUGCCGCCGUCAAAUCGUUGUUUCUGACCUGCAGGAUAGAAAACCAGGCCAAAGAAGAGGUCAAAAGUUUGAGAAGUACCAAAAGCAACUUCCUGACAAAGAUGGCACCGCCCCUCAAGCUCACCUGUCUGCAAAUACACUGAACGAACAACACUAACAUGUAUGGUCGGUCACCAUGGCAAUAAUGGACAUAACAGAAACUCAUGUUUGCAAAUGUAAAAUAAAGUGAAGUAAAACACGC